AUGAAGGCAUCCCCACGAUACCAAGGGAUUGUUUACUGGUCUGUGGAACCAUAUAUUUUGGAUCUUUUGCAGCUCCACGACAAUCGCAUUCGUCAUCAGCCAAAGGCUAUUCAUAAUCUGAAGGACGGCCAGGAACAAUUCGCGGCUUUAACGAUGAUGCGUGGUCUCUUGCCUCAAUUCAUUUCCCGUCAAUACCGUGAUGGGCCAUUUGUGCUUACGCUCACAGAUCUCCACGCGAGUAAUAUCUUUUUACAAACACCGCCUUACUGGUUGACUGAACGAUCUAUUGAUGAUAUUGAACACGGAGAACAUCUAGAUACUUUCCAAGAAUUCAUGACUGAAUUCAUAGAUGCCUCUGAAAAACAGGAAAAAAGUGUUCAGACUUCCGAUGUUUCUCAGGCCGAGAUCAUGCGGAAAUGCUGGGACAGAGGUAGCUUCUGGUAUUCCCAAGCUGUCAAUAGCCCAAAAGGUCUCCUUCGGGUGUUCAAUGAGCAUAUCCAACGCAUGUUCUGUGAGGAGCAUUGCACCCAGCGAGUGUUCGAUCGGACUGUCAGUCCAUACUGGUCUGUCGGGGGUGAAGAAUUCAUUCAAACGAAGGUGGAGCAAGAGGCGGAGUAUAAGGAUCGACUCAGGAAGCGGCUCAGCGAUUGUGACCAAAAUUGCUGA